AGCAGCCUUCUGGGAGGAGCCUAAGUUUAGCAUCCCUAUUAGAGCCCGCGGGGCUGGGAAGGCUGCCGUGGGCUUUAGUUUCUCCUGCUAGGAAUAAAGCCUUUCUCUGGCAGCGCUCUGGGGGAAGUGUUUCCACCAGUUUGGACAUCCCUGCAGCACAGGGGAAAGGCGGGGAGAGGGCCACGCUGCUGUAUCCCGGCUUACACUUGACCCUGCCCAGCACCUCCCUGGGCUCCCACCUGCAGAAGAGCCACCUGUGUGUCGUGAGAGUGGGAAGGGUCCCAGGGCCUGCAGAGCCACACCCUUUGGCUGCACCUCCCCCACUGUCCAGUUCAGGGAAGGGUUGAACUUUGGGGCUUUGCUGCGAGGAGGAGGGGGAGGUGACAGCUUCAAAGGAAAAACGAAGACAAUGACUCCUGCGGCUUUGGAGGGCCCCUUCUUAGGUUGGGAUCGUCAGCUUGCAGAGGAGGUUGAAGGCCAGGGAGCCCCUGCCAGGUGACUGGUAGGACAGCCCUUGGUCCUUUCAGGGGGAAACUUUGUUUCCUGGUGCUGAUAAGCUGAAAUUCUCUCCUACCCCCACCUCCAGCUCCCCUUUGGGAAACAUUAUCCAGGGAACACCACUAGCCUUUUUUGCUAUUCAGCUGGCAUCUCCUCAUUCUCCAGGGAAGCGGACAGAGAUGAGACCACAGAUAGCUCAGAGAUUGGAUGGGGUGGAAGGUUGAAGCGAGCAAGAGAGUUUGCAUUUGGGAAAACCAGGAUUUCUGAAUUUAGAUUCCUUUAAACACUUCAUUAACCCACAGACCAUUUGCCAUUUGGCUUGUUCUUCAAAGGCAAGAGACUGGGAGACAGAAUUCCCAGGGGAUCUCUAAUUGAAUCUGGCAGUGACAAACACUGUCUCUCUGUAUCCUUAACUAUUCAGGUGGUUGGGGGGUUCUGAUUGCCCCAGGGACCCUAAGGGAAGCUUGGUGUGUGUAUAGGGGUCUGGGUUGGGUGCUUAACAAGCUGGGUGACUCCGAGCUCCGACUUCCAAGAGAUGGCUCUUACCAUCAGGUGGAGCAGGAGGAACUUCUUUAUCACCAAGAAACUCUUAUCAACAACCUUAGUAGUUUAGGCAGUGAGGUCACGGAGAGAGGACUGAAUUUCACUUCCUUCUGUGAGGCAGGUUGUACCAAUCUCAGGUUCCCCGCUGGCAGGAAUGGUGGGCUGUGAGGAAAGGUUUGAAAUCAUGGAGACUAGUGAGUAGUCUAAGCUGGGGAGACUGGCCAGUUUUCUAAAUGCUGGAUAUACCCUCUAGGCCCACCUGUGCAGGGCAGACAGCUCUACUGUGCUGGAAGGGCAGCAGCAAUAACUAGCUUAGGUCUUUCUGCCCCCUCUCCCAGGACACUCUUACCACACCACGGAGCCUGUUUGUUGUGUUGAGCAAGCUGGGGGAGGAGACUAGAGUAGAUGGGCAGUAGGGCGGGGCUUAGCAGGUUUGGAGGGAACCUGGCAGCCCCAGGAUGGCUGGCUUUUGUUUUUGCUGCUAAGCCUGGAGCUGGGCUGAGUCUGAGAUGAGAGCUUGGUGUGUACAUGUCAGGGCACUCUGUGUGUGUGUGCAUGUGUGUGUGUGUGCGUGCAUGUGUGUAUGUUAGCCAGUCACAGUACCCUUCUACCCUCCCACAGCCACUCACAGAGGCUAGUCUUGUUGACAUUUCCCCAGGUAUCCAGCGUGUUUGCAGCAGCUGAUCCUACCUCUGCUAUUGCUCAGAGUCAAGAGCAGCCAGAUUUCAUGGCCGUGACCAGCUUGGUUCAGAAGAAAAGACCAAGGAGAGCGGCCCCGUGUGGGCUUAAGGAAUAGGGGACAUGGAGCCACCGCAGUGUGUGGAGGAGUUGGAGGAUGAUGUGUUCCAGCCAGAGGAUGGGGAGCCAGGGACCCAGCCUGGAAGCUUGCUCUCUGCCGACCUGUUUGCCCAGAGCCAGCUGGACUGCCCCCUCAGCCGUCUGCAGCUCUUUCCUCUCACCCACUGCUGUGGCCCUGGGCUUCGACCCACCAGCCAGGAAGACAAGGCCACCCAGACCCUUAGUCCAGCCUCUCCCAGCCAGGGUGUCAUGCUGCCUUGUGGGGUGACCGAAGAACCCCAGCGACUCUUUUACGGCAAUGCUGGCUACCGACUCCCUCUCCCUGCCAGUUUCCCUGCAGGCUUGCCCCUUGGUGAGCAGCCCCCUGAAGGGCAGUGGCAACAUCGAGCAGAGAUACAGAUUGCCCGAAAGCUUCAGUGCAUUGCAGACCAGUUCCAUCGGCUUCAUAUGCAGCAACACCAACAGAACCAAAAUCGGGUGUGGUGGCAGAUCCUCCUCUUCCUACACAACCUCGCUUUAAAUGGGGAUGAAAACAGGAACGGGGCAGGUCCCAGGUGAGGCUGGGCUGCCCUCUUCACAUGGGGCACAACAGGAAGGACAUCAGCGAGGACUGACACUGUGUCUUGUGAAGUUGUUUUUCUUUGUUCGGUGUUUUUAUUGUAAAAAGUUCUCUUUGUUCUGUACAUAAGACAUGCCCGAGUGGGACCUCUCUCCCUGCUCAGGGCCUCAGCCAGGAACGGGGGGCCUUUGUCAAACACUGCUGAAGUGGAGGCUGAUGUGUGUGUGAUGGUGGGACCUCCUGGGGGGCUUGAAAAGGAGAUGCCUCAGCCGCGCUUGUCCGAGAUGACCAGGCAGCGUUGUUCUCCAUCGGUGGACUAUAGCUUUCCACAGAAACUCGGUUAAGAAACAGGAGACUGGAUUAGACUCCUGGGUACAUCCAACCCAUCAGUCGACUACCGUGGAUGAGGCCGAGACCCUGAUGGUCACCCUGCUUUAACCCGGGCUUCAGACAGGGGCUUUCCCGGUUCCCCUUCACCAUACCUUGGGCCGCAAGGAGAGGUGAAGUGUAAACUGAGGCACAUCUCACCAGGCCUGCCCGGGUUCUCAUUUGGCCUAGCCAGUGCCUGCUCCAUGGGCUCAGGGAUUCUUGUCCAGCCCCUCUCAUCUCCAGCAGACCUCAGGGAGGGUUGGGUUUCUCUGAGAACCCCUCAUCUGCCGCAAAAUGAACCAAACUUCAGGGUGGACCUCAAAUCUCACUUGGUCCCACCUGGAGGCCCCAGAGUUGGUCCUGAGGUGCAGAAACGCUGCCACCUCUGGCUGCCUGGGGUGACCUGGGUGUCAACCACCAUGAGCCAAACUAGCAGUCAGUGUGCUAUACCAGCAGCUCGUGCCUUUGUCAGCUCUCCUUUCAAAAGACCAGCCAACAGGCUAGCCGCCCGCCCCGCAUCAGUGCUCCAGGGCGCGAGGGGCAAGAUAGCUGUGGAGCUGGGAAAUGUGGCCAUCCUGUUGUAAGAGUCAGCCCUUGGUUUCCUUGGAAACAACAUACCUCCUCCCUCUUAUCCCCAGUCCUUUUCACACCUAGUGGGAUACAGGAAGAAGCCAGCACAGUGGCUUUGUUAGCUGAAAUGUGUCUUUUAGAAUAACAGACAAUGAUUCGACUACGGAACCGGCAAAGCUGGGUACACAUUUCCUGUCUUCCUUCAGCUUCCAGCUAGGCCGGGAGGGCGUGCUCUGGAACUCAGCAAGGUCGCAGCUGCCUCUGAACUUCUUUCCUUCUCUCCCUGCUGUGGCACUAAUGGAGAGAGCAUUUAAAGCAGCCAGUCUGGCAGCGCUGAUAAGACACAGGGAAUCUGUUAUCCAGACACCUAGAAAUUAAAUUAUAACUUUUGUAUACGUAAGAAAAAAUAACAUUGGUGCUAAAGGUGAAGCGAGGCCCAAAGAAAGGAUGGCUCCUCUGGGCAGCAGGGACCCAGGACUACCCAAGGAAACGGAAGGCGUCAUCAAAUCUGAACAAGCCUGAGCACCUCCAGUUCCACCACAGGCCAUCUUCAGUACCACUGAAGGAAGCAUUGAUCUUCUGGAUAUACAGGUUGGGCAGGUUGCUCACUGCACAAAGGCAGAGGAAGAUAACGGAGGCUAAAAUCAAGCAGUAUUCUGCUUACUCAGCUGCAGCCCUAGUGGAGGGCUGUGUCUGCCCAGAGGCUUGGGCGCCAUUCCUGCUUGGCGCGAGGUUGUUGUAUGGGUCCAUGGUGGCCCUGAGAGAGGACCUCAAACUGUGCAUAAGCCUUUGUUUGAUUCUGCUUGGAUGUUCUGUAGGUAUUACCUCUUCUGGGCCAGAAUUAAAUUCUCAGGGUGCGUACCAUGGUUUGUCUGCUAAGAAGAUGGGUUUCUGCUGACAAGCAGGAGCCCAGGGAACAGGCAUGAAGACCAGCUCUGGGCCGCGCUGACCAUUGUGAAAUCCAGCCUUCCCUGCUCAUCGUAUGCCCAGGACACGUGUUUUCCCCUCACCUGGACCAAAGCUGUGACAGGGUGCUGGUAUAUCUUGAGCGACACACUCAAGAGAAACAGGAUUAUUUCUACUAGCCACUGUAAUUCCUUUUGGCAAACUUUUCCACCUGAGUUGAGUGAGAGCAAAUAAAUGGUCUAGGCCUUGGUGCUAAGGCAAAACCAUCAGCUUCAGAGACUUUGCCAGGCCCAGGCUGGAUGCCCAGUGCCCUGGCCUGAGAACUGAGCCCAGUUUGACAAGUCACCUGAAUAUGUGUCUGGGGCAGAGGGGGGUGAGGGGGCGGGAGAUGGUCUGACUGCACUGUCUACUGUCAGUGAAGCCAGGAACUCACUAUCCUAAACAAGCUAGAGCAAAAUUGACAACCCUCCCUCCUCCACCCUCCAAAGAAAGGAAAAAAAGAAAACCCAGCAGGUAAUUGGGAGAGUAGCCCCAGGAGGGAGAGAGGUUCCUUCUGGCUGGCUGUUUUUAAUUGGCCUAGUGAUUUAGACUGGCUGCUUCCCCCUCUGCCUGGUGAGUUGGCUGAACAUUCCCGAAAAGUCCUGCCUCGAAAGAGGGGUCCUCCCCCUUUGGCCCCCUCUCUCCACUCCCCACCCCCAGGAGCUUGGCUGUCUCUGGUGAGGGGGUGGAGAAGCAGAUUUGGAGGGAGGGAGGAUCUGACCUGGGUCCUGACCUGCAGCCCACUGACAGCUUGUCAGGCUGGGCUUUUGCUUUCACUAAGGCUGGGGGUGGGAGAGGGACUGGCAGUCUCCCUCCCCAUUGUAGAAAUGCCCUGGAGGAAGGGAAGCCUGAUACUCAGGGUCAAAACAGCCCUUCUAAUUCAGGAUCCCAGAGUAGGAGUUUUCUGGAAGCCAGCAGACAGAACUGGGGAAGGAACCCCCAGGCCAGACAUCUGACUCCCCCUGUGAAUUAGAUGACUUGACCUGGCCUCUCUGCCUUUGCCUGCUUCAAAGUCUGGGCUGCUGGAGAACUGCCCCCUUGGUCUUCUCUUGCUCAGUCCUAGGCAAAAAAAGAUCACCUCCCAGUGACCUCCCCGAACCCUUAGGGUCUGUGUCAAGAUCUAUGAGGCAGGCAUAUUCUGGGUGCUCUGAGGAGCCCAGCAGAUUUGUCUCACUGACCCCAGAGGCCCCGUCUGCUCUAGUCUGGGCAACACAGGGAGGGGAUUGUUUGGAAUGAACUAGUCAGGACCUCCACGGCCACUGUGACCAUGAACAUGUUGCUUGUGUCUUUGGGGGGAUUUGAGCAGGAAGAGCGUGGAGCUGGCGAACAGAGCAGGAGAAGCUGGAAGGCUUCUGUCACUUCUCUGGGGCUUCUGUGAAUCAGUGCUGCCGCGCAGGCUGGAGGAAGCUCUGAAGUCCCUCAUGUGUAGGCAGGGACGUUCAGUGGAAGGCCACCCAGACCAGAUUCUUCCAAGAAAGGGUUAACCUGUCUGCCUGUGAAGCCUCCUGGGGACCUGUGGGCUGGGCUGGCGAGGACUUUGAGCCUGGAGGGAAUAGCAGAGAAAGCAGAGUUCAUCUACAGAUGCGGCAGCCUCAGGGGCUGGAGGUGCUUGGAGUCCUGCAGGCUCCCCAGUCAGAAUUGCCCUCUGCGGAGGCGGCCAGCACCUCGCCCUGCUCUGUGAGCAUUGCCAGUGAUCUGUCCCAUCCCCGGGUCCACGGACUGUCGGGGAGACCCAGUGAGAAUGUAGCAUUUCGUUCAUCCGGGUCCAUUUUCCCUGGGAUCUAGGCAUUCUGCCUGUGGGAGAGAGACAGGGAAAGAGGGAGGGGAUUGGGGACCUAUUGUUUCUUAACCUGUACAGAGUAUUUGACUUUAUGUCCUUCACAUACAUAUAUGUGUGUGUAUCUCACCCCCCCAAUCAGUUGGUACAAUUUUUAAUAAAAGCAUUUAAAGCAAAGCUGGUCCUUCUUUUUCAAGGUGUAUUAAAAACGCAAGGGAAUCUGUUAGGGAAUUAGAGACUCCUAAUUUGUAUCUCAGCAGCCGUCCUGGUUACUCUCGAGGCUCCUGACUUCGUUGUGACUUCUUUCUCCCCUUGGAGAUGAGGAGAAGCCUUCCGACCGCUCAGCGAGCAGUACAGAGGCCCAUGAGGUAGAAAGACGCAGGCUUUGGAUGCAGACCUGGAGUUGGAUUGGGUUCUGGCCUCCACUGGCUGAAUGAACUCAAGCAAGUUAUGUAACCUCUCUGAGUCUUCAGUUCAGCCACAUGUAAAGAACAGCUGUGCCUGCAGGAUUAAAGGAAUGUGAGCAAAGGACCUGCCCAGGGCCAGCACUCCGGCAGUGGCAGCCUCCACCAUGGAAAGGAUCCUGGCAGCCCCUCCAUACCAUUCCCCGCCUCUGUGUCAAACUGGGUUUCAGUUUCCUUUGAUCAAGAUACCAUCUUAUGAGGUAGCCUAGUUGUUAGGAGACUUCCCUUUUGCGUUUCUUUGUGGAUUAAUGAUGUGUCUGUUUCAAAAGGUCUCUCUUUUUUU